GUCCUCAGACAGACAGUCAGACUCACUCACUUACUCACUAACACACGCAUUCUUCUCACACACUCUCAAUCAUUCACUCACUCACUCUCAAAGGAAGAGGAGAAAGAAAGAGAGCAAAGGGAGAGAGGCACGGCGACUCCUCCGCGCGAGGGAGGGCACUUCUAGGGUUUCAUCGUCGCCGUGGCGUUGGGCAUCGAAUCUUCGCAGCUCUGCAAGCAAGCAGGCAGGCAGGCAGGCAGGCAGAAUUUGUAUGCGCAGAGGGGAAGGGGAAGUGGGAGAGUGAGUGAGUGGGACAUAACACGGGGAUUAGCAUGGUGGGUACAAGCAUAAGCCAGCACUGCUGCAGCGGCAAGCGGUGAGGCGGUAGUAGAGGGUGGACGGAUCUGUAGGGCGGGGGUGCAUUUGGAGUAUUGUUGUUAUUAUUAUUCCUGGGGUUUCAUUGUGAGGGAGGGAGGAAGGAAAGGAGGGAUUUUGUUGGGGUUAGGCAAUCGGGAUGGACGGGGGGAGGCCCGUUGGCACGGAUGGAUACGAUUUCGCCUACCGCAUGACCAUUGAAGACAGGUACAAGCGAGCGGCGGAAGGGCGUGUCGCGCUCCGGAGGUUGGUAUCAGUGCAGGCCCUCUUGCAGAUCUUGAAGGCCACAUGGGCAUGUCUAGGGGCACUCAAUGGAGACACUCCCAACAUCGAGUUGGUGACGUCUUGUGCGUUUGGUGGAGCAGCAGUGCUAUUAGGGACUUUAGGGAUAAAAGGGGGCGCUAAAUUGCUCAGAUUCUACAUCUUGUUGACAAUGAUCGCUGUUGUGCUGUCGCUAGUCCCUUUCGCAUCAGGGAAUUAUAUUGGAAAGUGGAAAGAUAAUUGGGAGUACCUUCAGGUUACUGGCGAUUACCAACGAAUCCUUUACCUCUCCCUUGAGGGUUUGCUGGAAUUGAUAGGUAUCUUGUUGCAAUUGGUAGCGGUGCUCACAGCGUUCAGUUUUAUGAAGAACGUGACCCACCGUAAAAAACGAGACUGAGUUCUCUUGAAUGGAGAUACAUAUCUAAGGCUUGUCGGUCAGUUGAAGUAUUAGCUUCGCCUGCAAAUGCUCAGCUUGCCGACGUUGCUAGACCUAGUAAGAGUUGUUCGCUGUGUUCUUUUUUGUGUCAUCUGUCUUCUCCAUAGUCAUGCAAACAGAAGCAUUAUAUCUUACUCAGGUUUCACAUUUAUGACCUACUUCAAAAGGCCACCGUAUUUGUGGCAUUAACCAUGGAGCAAAUUGAUGAUAGUAUCAAGAUUUUUACAGAUCAAAAUCGUCUACCAACUUUCUUUUUUUUCCUUUGACAUGUAUGGAGCAAGUCUGCCACGUUAAAGUAGGAAGGAACAGAGUAGAAAGGAGCAUGAGCUACUAGUGUCUUACCACCCUUGUAUGGACAUUGGUGCAUUGUAUAGUGAGCAAGUAGCCUUCCGUUAUUGAAACCAUGGGUUUGGUAGUGCAUGAGUUAUGAUCCCAAUAGAUGUAUUUCUAUUGUUCCGUUAAAAUAUUUGUCUCUUCACUUAGUAUAUUUAUGAUCUACUA